AUGGAUCGAAGUUGGAUGAAAAAAGCAAGAAGUGAGUCAGCAUAUCAAGAUGGUGUUGAACAAUUCUUGGCUUUUUCUUACCAGGACCUUUCACAAGAUAGUGAGAUACUUUGUCCGUGUAAAAAGUGCAAGAACAGAAUAAACCAGAGCCGUGAUGAAGUAAGGACACAUUUGCGAUGUGAUGGUAUUCUUCAAGGUUAUACUACAUGGGUACAUCAUGGUGAGGAUUAUGAGAGACCAACAAUUGCAUUUGUUGAUGUGCCAAAUAUCACUAGAAAUUUGGCUAAUUCAGGUUCAGUACAAGAUGGUCAGGAUGGCAUGCAAGAACUGCUACGUGCUGCAUUUGGAAGGGAUGCAAGUAUGUCUAAAGGCGUAGUAGAUGAUUUUCAGUCAGGCAUUCCAGAUAUGGAACCAUGUGUCAAUGAGAAAUAUGGGAAUCCAAUAGAAGGUGAUGCAUCGGGGAGGGAACAGAAUAUAUAUGCAAGGUUCUUGAAGGAUGCACAUGCAAGGUUGUACCCUGGGUGUAAAUAUUCAAGGCUAUCAUUUUUGGUUCAUUUAUAUCAUUUGAAGUGCCUACAUGGUUGGUCACAAGAAUCAUUUUCAGCACUACUGGGGCUAUUAUCUGCUGCACUUCUUUCUGAAGCAAAUCUCCCUAAGACAUAUUAUGAAGCGAAGAAAAUCAUCCGUUCAUUAGGUCUUGAUUAUAUGAAAAUUCAUGCUUGCCCCAAGGAUUGCAUGCUUUUCCGAGGUGACUGUGCCAAAAAAGAUUUUUGUCAUGUGUGUGAGAGCUCUCGUUGGAAGGUUGAUAAGAAGAAUGCCUCUUCAGUUGAACCUAAGGGGAAAAGGAAACCUGCAAAAGUCUUGCGUUAUUUUCCAUUGAUACCUAGGAUCCAAAGGUUAUUUUCAACCAGCAAAACUUCAGAUGACAUGCGAUGGCAUGAUGAGGCCCGUAUAAAAGAUGGAAAACUACGGCAUCCUGCAAAUGGUGAUGCUUGGAAAGAGUUUGAUAAUAGACAUCGUGAUUUUGUAGGAGAUGCUCGUAAUGUACGCCUUGGUCUUGCUAGCGAUGGAUUUAACCCUUUCGGGAAUAAGAAUCUAAAGCACAGUACAUGGCCAGUUAUGCUCGUUCCUUACAACCUUCCACCUUGGAUCUGCAUGAAGCAGACAUCUUUAAUGUUGUCAAUGAUCAUCCCGGGACCAGAUUCUCCAGGUAAUGACGUAGAUGUUUAUUUGCAGCCCUUGAUCGAUGAGCUAUUACAGUUGUGGAAAGGAGUUCAAACAUUUGAUGCAUCUUCAGGAAAGGAAUUUCCUCUCCGUGCUGCGCUAUUAUGGACUAUCAAUGAUUUUCCUGCAUUAGCUUACCUAUAUGGAUGGAGCACUGGUGGAACAUAUGCAUGUCCUUCUUGUGGUCCUGAGACAAAAUCGUUUCACUUGAAAAAGGGUAAAAAGAUGUGCUAUAUGGGUCAUCGUAGAUGGCUGCCAGGAAAUCAUAGAUACCGAAAACUAAAGAGGCAAUUUGAUGGCUCAGUUGAAACUGGACUUGCACCUGAAAAAAUGAGUGGCACUACUAUUUUGAGAAUGUUACAAGGCAAAGAGUUUGUGUUAGGAAAAAAGGGACGCACGGCAAAGAAGGUCAAUAAGAAAGACAAGAACAAGAAAUUGGAAGUUGUUAGUGAUCAGAAACACAAGCGUAAAAGACCAGGAAAAAAGAAGCAACAAAAUGGGUGCGGUGAUAAGGCGAAGAACCCAGAAGAUUGGUUGAAAAAGAGGUCAAUUUUCUUUAUGCUACCUUACUGGGAACUCAACUUAUUAAGACACAAUCUAGAUGUAAUGCACCUAGAGAAAAAUGUGUGUGACAACUUUAUAGCAACUUUAUUAGCUAUUUGUCGUAAAACAAAGGAUGACCUUAAUGCAAGACUAGAUUUAGUUGAACUUGGAAUUCGAGAUGAUCUUCAUCCUAUUGUAGAUGAUGAAGGAAAGCAGAAAUUUCCUCAUGCACCUUUUACCAUGUCUAGAGAACAAAAGGAGAUGCUUUGCUCAGUAAUCCAAAACCUAAGAACCCCUGAUGGCUAUGCAUCAAACAUAUCUAGAUCUGUCAACAUGAAAGACUGUACAUUGGUCAGACUAAAGAGUCACGACAAUCAUGUUUUACUACAUGACAUUCUUCCAGUGGCACUCCGUUCCUGUUACCCCAGCAAAGAUGUCAUGAAAAUUGUUGUUCAAUUAUCUAAUUUCUUCAAGAAGUUGUGCUCUAAGGUUAUAGAUGCAGAUGAGCUGGUAAAGCUUCAAGAGAGUAUUGUGAUGACACUUUGUGAUAUGGAGAGACUUUUCCUACCAUCAUUCUUUACUGUUAGUGUGCAUUUGAUGGUGCACUUGGUAGAAGAAGUUAAAUUGGGUGGCCCCGUUCAGUACCGGUGGAUGUAUCCCAUGGAGAGAUAUUUUGUUCGGCUAAAGGCACUUGUGAAGAAUAAAGCUCAACCAGAAGGAUCAAUUGCUGAAGGAUAUUGCAUGGAGGAGUGCAUGACCUUUUGUUCGAGAUUUAUAGAAGGAACUACACGUUUGACAAGGGCGUAUUCUAGGAAUCCUGCACCUUCUGAUGAGAAAAAAGACAUGUACCUGUUUGAUAGUGUUGGUGUACCAAUUGGAAAGUGUAGUACUAUCAACCUUGAUAAGAAGCUUCUUGUUCAAGCACAUCGGUACAUCUUGCGACAUUGUGAUGAACUUGAAGAUUUUCGCAGAGAAUUCUUGGAUGAGGAGAAAAGCAAAUUGUGUCACUCAACUAAUUUGACAUCUUUUUUCAGUGAGAAGUUGAUCGAUGAACACUUUCCUGACUGGUUGGAGAAAAAGGUUGUCCUAGGAGAUGGAACAGGCAUCAUGGCAAAGGUUAGAGCUUUGGCUGCAAAACCGAACAGAUAUGGUGUGAGAUGGGAAAAAAUUGAGGAUGAUCCUUUUGUCUUUUCUUCACAAGUGGAACAAGUCUUUUAUGUCCAAGACCCAAAAGCUGAAGCAUGGCAUGCUGUGGUGAGAGUUAGCCCACGAGAUACUUUUGACAUGGGUGUUGAGCAGUCGGUGGAUGAAGAAGAUUAG